AUGAAUAAUACUACGCUGACUCCAUUAGAUGACCAUGAAUAUCCUGUAGUACUUGGCAAGUCAUUGACUGAGACGGAUGACGAGGUACAGGAGGAUCAACAGCCAAUUGAUAAUGUAUUCGUGUCUUUCGGCUAUGAAUUCCAGCCUGCAUCAGUGGAUAAAAGUACGCCUGGUCUUGUGAGUGUCGAUAGUUCUAACGGUGUGAAUGUGCUCAUGAGCUCAUCAACUGGAGCUGCUGGAGGCGUUAAUUUCAAGGGAAAACUGGUGGAGCACAAGGAGACUGAUUGUCUGUUACUAUUUGAUGGUACUGGCUUUCGACUUGAACGCUGUCCAUUUUCCUGUAUGCAACUGCGUCACGUGCGUGCACCCACGCCGCGGCGACGUGUAAAACUUGAGUCCAAGGAAGAAAAAACUGAUAGUGUUGCUGAUGCAACACUGGUGUCUAAGAAAGCAAGCACUCCAACAACACGCAUGACAGGAGAAGCUAGAAAAAGAUUAGUGAGCACAUCCAAGCGCAUUGGUAGCAAACGUGUGGCUGAAAAAUCAAAUGCAGCUGAAACUACGAAAAAACGACAAAGAGGAAGACCGAAAGGCUCGACGAAAGCAGCAACGAAAGCUUAA